CGUUGAAACAGACGGAUGGAGUGUAGUUUACGACGAUACGUUCCAUUGGCAUAAAAGUUGAUAAAAAGUUUAUUUGAAGAGUGUGAAAAAUACCUAAUAUUAGCGGACGUCGCACUACUUACAGAAAUACGCGUUGAAAUGUGCAAAAUUUUAAAUGUAAUCGUCAUCCAUUGGUUUCUGCUGUGUUGUGAAGGUGCAAUACCAAAUUCUGUGGAUCUUCAACUAUAUCCAAAUGAUGCAUUCGACGACCGCAGACCAAAUCCUGAUCCUAACAACCAGCAGUUCAAAAAUUAUGUAAGUGUGCUGACGCGCUUCGAUGAUUGGGUUACCGGUCACUCCCAUGUACGUAGUCCACAAGAAGUCUUACCAGAUGACGAAUUCGUAGAUCCCAAACCUCAGGUGGAUCCCAACAAUCAGCAAUUCAAGGAAUAUGUAAAAAUAUUGACCCGUUUUGAUCCAUGGGUUACCGGUCAAAAAAUUCCGAUUCCGGUGGAUCCAGUCACGGAUGCAUUGCAUCAGGAUGUUGUAAUCAAUAAUGGAAAAGAGCAAAUUCAGCCGAAGAGUAUUUCCAAUCAACAAGUCAUUUCUAACUCUUCUGGAAAUAAUGCACAGGUUUUGGAUUUUAUUUCUCACAAUCAAGAGACAGUACCUUUCGAUGAUGGUAUACCCAAUAACCCACCAAACACAGCAUUUGGUGAGUAUGUGAAGAUCUUAACACGCUUUGAUCCAUGGGUAACUGGAAAAAAAGUUCCGAUCCCUCCCAACCCUGAAACAGAUAUAUUACAUCAGAACAUUGAAAAAAGGUCACUAAUAAGUCCAGAAGCACAUUUUGCUGAUCAAUUUAGUGAUCGUGAUCCUCAAAAUCCAACAGCCAGCAGCGCCUAUAAUAACUUCGUAAAACAGCUCAAGCGUUUUGACCCUUGGAUAACUGGACAGAAGGUUCCUAUUCCACAUGAUCCCGUAACUGAUGCAUUGCAUCAAAUCCACAGGCGUUCAUUUAAUGGCAACAGCAACUAAAAAAAGCUGACACCGUCAAUGGAAAUCGUGCUUGAACCGAUGCGUGAGAAUAAAUCUACCAACUGGUUGUGAGAAGUGUUAAUCAAUAUUGCAUUGAAAAUUGAAAUGUUGACUAACAAUCACGUUUAGGCGCUGUUAACGUUGACGGUAAAACUUCCAUUUUCGCAGAGUGACCUUCAAACAAAGUAUAUGACUAUAUGUUGCUUGGAAAAUUGAAUUACAGAUUGAUUUUCAAU